AUGUUGAGUGCACUGCUUUCUCGCCGCAGCGCUGUGACCUUUCGGGCUGCGCAGCCCAUGACGCUGCCACGCGUGGUGCCUUCGAUGGCGCGUGGCCUUGCCUCGAGCUCGGAGCCGUACGACGUGGUGGUCAUUGGCGGUGGCCCGGGUGGCUAUGUGGCUGCGAUCAAGGCGGGCCAGCUGGGCCUGCGCACGGCGUGCAUUGAGAAGCGCGGCUCGCUGGGUGGUACGUGCCUAAACGCGAUGCUGAACAACUCGCACAAGUACCACGACACGCUGCACGACCUGAAGAAGCGUGGUAUUGAGGUGAAGGACGUGUCGCUGAACCUGCCUACGAUGCUCAAGGCGAAGGACAAGGCUGUCACGGCGCUCACCAAGGGCGUCGAGGGCCUGCUGAAGAAGAACAAGGUCGACUAUGUCAAGGGUAUGGGCAGCUUUGCCUCGCCGACGACCGUGGACGUGGAGCUCCUGGACGGUGGCAAGACGCAGAUUGAGGGCAAGAACAUCAUCAUUGCGACCGGCUCGGAGGUGACACCGUUCCCGGGAGUCGAGAUCGAUGAGGAGCGCAUCGUCAGCUCGACGGGAGCACUGUCGCUCAAGGAGGUGCCGAAGAAGAUGAUUGUCAUCGGCGGUGGUGUGAUUGGUCUCGAGAUGGGCAGCGUCUGGAGCCGUCUCGGCGCGGAGGUGACGGUGGUCGAGUUCCAGGACGCGAUCGGCGGCCCUGGCGUCGACGGCGAGGUGGGCAAGGCGUUCAAGAAGACGCUCGAGAAGCAGGGCCUCAAGUUCCAGCUGGGCACCAAGGUGUCGAGCGUGGAACGCCACGGCGACUCGGUCACGCUCAAGGCGGAGGGCAAGAGCGACGGCAAGGGCCUCGAGCUCGAGGCCGACGUCGUGCUCGUGUCGAUCGGCCGCCGCCCCGUGACGAAGGGCCUGAACCUCGAGGCCAUCGGCGUGGAGCUCGACAACAAGGGCCGCGUCGUCGUGGACGACGAGUACAACACGACGUGCAAGGGCGUCAAGUGCAUUGGCGACGCCACGUUCGGCCCCAUGCUUGCGCACAAGGCUGAGGAGGAGGGCAUCGCCGCCGUCGAGAUGAUCAAGACGGGCUACGGCCACGUCAACUAUGACGUGAUUCCCUCGGUCGUGUACACGUACCCGGAGGUCGCAUGGGUCGGCAAGAACGAGGAGCAGCUGAAGGAGGAGGGCGUCGAGUACAAGAUCGGCAAGUUCCCCUUCAUGGCGAACUCGCGCGCCAAGACGAACGACGAGCCCGAGGGCUUCGUCAAGUUCAUCGUCGAGAAGGAGUCGGACCGCAUCCUGGGCGUCCACAUCAUGGGCCCGAACGCCGGCGAGAUGAUCGCCGAGGCGUGCCUGGCCAUGGAGUACUCGGCGAGCGCCGAGGACGUGGGCCGCACCUGCCACGCGCACCCGACGCUCUCGGAGGCGUUCAAGGAGGCCGCGCUGGCCAGCUACGACAAGCCGAUCAACUUCUAG